AUGCCUCCAUUAUCAAAACAAAAAAAACAUAUUAAAAAUAUUUCAAAAAAUCAGGAAGAAAAUAAAAAGCAAUGGCAAAAAAUUAUUAAUUUAAUUGAAGAAAUCAACCCUAUUUUAUUUCCUGAAAUUUAUAAAACUUUUUUUAAUAUUUCUUAUAUGUCUCAACAUCCAAUUACUACACAACAAAAACUUGUUAAUAUGAUAGAUAAAAUGUCUAAUCAUGAAAAAUCAAAAGCUAUUAAGCUAUUAAAUACUAUGCAUUAUCCUAAAGGAAAAAAUAAAGAUACUAUAAUUUCUGCACAUUUACAAAAUAAAGCUAUGGAUUUUAUUAAAGAAA